AUGGAGAAAUGGUUGAUUCAAUCUAUAUGGAUUGCUGUGUUUGGAUUUUUGAAAGAAUUUCGACCUGAAGAUCCUUACAUCACUCAAUACUUGACAAAUCCACCAAUGAAUUUUACAAAUCAAGAAGUAAUUCAAGAAAUAUUUCCAGUGUCAACUUAUACUUGUCUUGGCUUAACAAUUGUUAUGUUUUUGGUUACUGAUUAUUUACGUUACAAACCAAUUGUUAUUCUGAAUGCUUUAUCAAGUUUUACUGUACAAAUAUUUUUGAUUUUUACUCGAACAAAGACUGACAUGAAGAUAAUGGAAGUAUUUUACGGUACAAUGACUGCCUGCGAAGUUGCAUACUAUACAUACGUUUACUCAAAAGUAGAUAAAAAAUAUUAUAAAACUGUUUCCAGCCACAUGAAAAUGGCAUGUCUCAUAGGCCGACUUGUAUCGGCAUUGCUUGCUCAAACAUUGAUUGAUAACCAUAUAUUAACUGUACCGCAUUUAAAUCAUUUGACAUUAGCUGGUGCAACUGCAUCAAUAUUUUGGGCUUUUGGAUUACCUUCAAUUAAAAGUAGCUUAUAUUUUCAUCAAAGCCCUGAACAUACAUACAUAAGAAAUAGUACAGAUGUUAAUGUAUCCAAACCUAAAACUGUGUGUCAAAGACUGUGGUCCGACUUCAUCACGGCUUUCACAAACCGUUAUGUUCUUCAGUGGUCCAUCUGGUGGGCUUUAGGCACAUGCUUUUAUUAUCAGUGUAUGUCGUAUUCCCAAUCAUUAUGGCAAGAAAUAUACCAAAAUGGCACCGAUUUGCAAGUGACCGAUAAUGGAAUGGUUGAAGCUAUUUAUACAAUAAUAAGUACACUGGGAGUUUAUUUGGUCGGUAUCAUUACAAUACCAAGUUGGUGGUUAGUAGGUAUUUUAACUUUAGGCCAAGGCAUAUUAUUGUUGAUAAUGGCUCAAGAUACAUUAUUAUCACACGCAUAUGUUGGCUACAUUAUGUUUGGAACAUUUUAUCAUAUUAUGGCCACUGCAGCGAAUUGUGAAGUAGCCAAAAAUAUACCUGCGGAUAGCUAUGCAUUGGUAUUUGGAGUUAACACAUUCAUGUCACUCUUACUGCAAACGUUUUUGACAGUGGUUGUAAACAGUCCGAUGGGACUCAUGUUAGACAUUAGAACACAGUUUUACGUAUAUGGCGGAGGUUGUUUAAUAAUCGGAAUUAUAUACACCGUCGGAGCAUUGUAUUCAACAUAUAACACGAUGAUGAGACAUAGAAUUUUUACAACGUCGAAUUAA